GUCAUUAUUUAAAAAAGUCUUCUUCUGGACCAGCUCCACAGUCUUGUCCACGCCGAGGGCGGAGCGGGGAUGUGUCCUCGCUGAGCGUGUCAUUGUCGGGGCUGAGAAUGAUGCAUUUGGACGCUUAGAAAGAUGAUUAGUGAGGAGAAUAAACAAGCUGUGGUGGAUUUGUUGAUCCGCUCCCCUAAGAAGAAACUGGUCACGCUGGGCCGGAAAGGCAGCAAUGGAUCCGCACAGUCCAACAGUUCGGUCAUCACCGUGCGCUCCACAGAGAGCACGGGGGUCCGGCAGCCCGCCAAGUCCAAAAUCCGCCGCCACAACAAACGCCUCUCAAGCGUUUUCAGCCACAGUCCCAACCUGCGGGGCGGUCCCCACGCGGACCGACAGCUCCAGGCGGAGGACGACCCGGCAGAGUUGUCCUGCCAGGUGUCCGUCCCGGGCAUCCUGAAGAUAUUCGGCGGCGACAUCUGCCAGGGGACAAACUACAAGAGCGUCUUGGCGACCACUCAAUCCAGCGCUAAAGAACUGGUAAAGGAGGCUCUGGACAGGUACUGUCUGGAGAAGGAGGACGCCGGCGACUACGUGUUGUGCGACGUCAUCGGUCAGACCGGCGGCGAGACCGGCGGCGAGACGCAGUGGCGGCGGGAAUACUUCCGGGUGGUGAGCGACAACGAGAAGCCCCUGGUGCUGCAGUCGCUAUGGAAACCCAAAGAGGGGUUCUCCAGGCGCUUUGAAAUCCAGCGGCGGUCCAGCGUGGAGGAGCAGAGCUUAAAAGAGCGAGACACGGUGACAGCAGGGAUCAACGCUCAGGCUCGCAAGCUGCAGAAGAACCGCUCCAGAGCCAUCUCGCUCUUUGUGGACGGGAGCGCCGAGGACGUGGACGGGAUGGACUUCUGGAGAAGCUUGAGCGAGAUGGACCUGACCGGAGCGGCCAAGGAGCCCGGCGCGGCGCUCGGAGAGGAGCGGCGGGCCGAGGCGGACCAGGAAGUAGCGAGGCUGGGCGUGGAGAAGGAGGAGACGGAGAGCAGCGACGACAACAACACCCAGUACUCCAUCCACCCACCCUUUGACUUCCCCUACUUCCUGCUCCUGCACGGAUACGACCACAGACAGGACUUCCUCAUCUACCUGCUGGCGGGCGGCAGCACGGUGCUGGGCGGCUGCAGGGAUGGCGAUGGCGACGACGAGGAGAGCAUGAAAGUGGACGUCCUGCUCUACGCCCCCGACGUCCUGCCUCAGCACUGCCGGGUCAGACGCCUGGAUGCCGACGGCGAACCCGGAAGGAUGGCGACCGUGCUGACGCCGUUCCACGGCGCCCCCGUCACCAGAAACGGUUCGGUAUUGAAGGAGGAGUCGGAGCUGCGGCCCGGCGACCUGGUGGGUUUGGGGGAACACUACCUCUUCUUGUUCAAGGACCCCACCGGCCCAGCAGGGCCCCUGCACACCCCACCUUGGGUGAGCAGACUGUGUCCCCGCCUCGACGCCGCCUGCCAGUCGUGCAGCUUGCCCGCCGCCAACACGGACGCUUUCCCGCCUGGCGACGGCGAGGCGCUGCUGAGCUACGAGCUAGACCAGGAGGAGACGGUCCUGCAGCACAUCGUGGACAUGUUGGACCCUGGAGGAGCGGCGCCCAAGCUGACAGUCGCCUUCUUGCUGAGUCUGUGCCUGCAGCACUCGGCCUCCGCCUUCCACGUGGCUCACUUCCGCCGGCUGCUGCUUCGCAUGGCGGCGCGCGUCCAGCACGCCGUCUGGGACAAGACCAAGGAGCUGGCCUCGGUGCAGACGGAAAGCGCCGCAGAAGGGAGGCUCCUGCUCGACACCCGGCAGCUAAUCCCGGGUCUGCGGCCGCUGGCGCUCUGGAUGGCCAACGCCAUCGAGCUGCUGCACUUCGUCCAGCACCGGGUCCCUCAGCUGAUGGCCCAGAACCGGCAAGGUUUGGGGGACGAGGACGUGUCGUGCACGCGCUCCGCCUGCGAGGACGCCAUGACUGUCCUGGAGGAAGUCAUCAUGUUCACCUUCCAGCAGUCCGUCUACUAUCUCACCAAGAGUAUUUACUCCGCUCUGCCGGCGCUGCUGGACGGGAACCCGUUCUCCGAGAGCGGACACCUGCGAGUGCCGGAUGGGCUGAGCGGCGUCCUGGAAGUUCUCCAGGAAGCCCUGCAGCUCUUCACCUGCCUGCAGGUGCACGCCGACAUCUGCCUGCAGCUGUGUGCCUACCUCUUCUUCUUCAUCAACGCCUCGCUCUUCAACGCCCUCAUGGAGAGAGGGUCGGAGGUGGGCUUCUACCAGUGGUCCCGGGGCAUCCAGAUGCGGGCCAACCUGGACCUGCUGAUGGACUGGGUCCACAGCGUUGGUCUGGGCGACGUGGCCGGCGACUUCUUCCGGAAGCUUUCCGCCGCCGUCAACCUGCUGGCCACGCCCAAAGAAACUCUCCUGCAGGCGUCCUGGACGUCUUUGAGGGCGGAGUUUGGCGCCCUAAACGCGGCGCAGCUGCAGCACAUGCUGACGCACUACAACACUGGGAGGAGUCAGCCCAGCGCGUGGAGUGGUGGAGCCGACCAAUCAGAGGAGGCCGCCAGGACGGCAGACAUCUUGGAGAACUUUGAGCAGCACCCCCCCCUCAUCCUGCCCAGCAGAACCUUCUUCCUGGACCGCCAUGACCCCGCCCUCCUGCAGCAGCUGGCCUGUCUGCGAGAGGUCAUAGGUCAGCUCCGAGAGAUCCCCUCGGCGCCCGGCACAACCUGCCCAGGUCCAGUCCCUCAGGACCCUCCCAUUGAGGCCACGCCCACUGAGACACAGAGUUGCCAUGGUGACAUAAGCAGCUGUCAGGAGGUUCUGGUCGACAAGUUGAAGAGUCUGGAAGUGGACCGGCAGAACCUGCCUACGGACCCGUCCUGCCUGCUGACCCCGCCCAACACGCCCCAGGUAGCACAGCAGGAGGCGGAGCUUCAGGAAGGCAGCGGAGAAGAAGAGAAAGGAGGAGAGCGCGAGGACGUGUUCACCGUGCACGUCAACAGAGGACCUCACGGUCUCGGCCUGGCGCUGGUAGACGGGACGAAGACGCCGCUGGGGAUGAGCGGGAUCUACGUCAAGUCCCUGGUCCCCGAGUCUCCCGCGGCGUUGUGUCGGCGACUCCAGACCGGGGAUCGGAUUCUGGCGGUGAACGGCGUCAGCCUGGUGGGUCUGGACUACAGCGUCGGCCGAGAGCUGAUUCGCUCCUCGGGGGACUCGCUGAGACUCCUGGUGGCCAAGAUGGACGCCGGCAAGGACUCGCAGGUCACCAAAUGCUGAACAGGAAGUCAAGCCUACUUCCUGCUUCCUCGCACGUCCUGUUUCUCUUUCUCUCUCCCACACACACACACACACAUACACACAUGCAGGAAACCAAAAGUGAUUAAAAAAAGUUUUGUAUGGUUGAAAUGUUUUUACUGCUUUGUAUUUAUAAAGUUGUUUUCACACCUUGUAAUAUUUAUACACGCCUUCUUCUGCAUCAAAAUAAAUCUUUUUUUUGUCUCCGA